CCAUGUCCUCCGCAGUAUCCCGAAAAGUAAAGGCGAUCUAUGGAUCUCGCCUUGAUAAGGAGUAUCUUGACGUUGAUGAAUUGAGAGAAGUACUUCUGGGUCUAGACGAAUUGGUGCCGUCGUUUGGCAUUUCGCGUCAGGACCUAGGCCACUUGAUCGAUGUUGUACUUCCACCGUCUCUGAUCCCAGUUUUUGCGAAAAAUCAUGUGGCAGAACACUAUUUGCUAUGUGUGGAUCCUAUCCCCACCGCGGUAGUGAUGAAGGUCGUUGGUGCUAUUGGGAUGCCAUCCCAGGUACCCAAAACCCUCCAGCUUAAGCUCUUGAAGUGGCUCCUCGGGUCUGUUUCGUUCUGGGAAGACCCAACCUUGCACCAAAAGAUAUACGGAAUCAUGUUCAAUUACUUGACGUUUGAAUACUCUCGGCCCUAUAUUUCUUUCUUCAUCUUCCUCUUUACCCGCAAGCACCACAUCAAGCCUUGGCGAGUGGAGUUUAUCAGUGACCUCCAGGCCCGGUUUCCCUUUGAUGAGUAUUUCCAGGCCUUACAUUUGCUCUUUAGUAACUCAUCCCCCGCUUAUCGAAUCAACCCCAGAAUUUUCCGCUUCCCGAAUGUCCCAUACCUAUUGUCGAUGAAGGCGUUGGGAGUGUUAAAAAUGGACACCAGCGAAAGCCACCCCAACACUCUCCAAGGCGCGAUAGUCCAUAAUAACCCCAAAUUGAGUGAGAGUUUGGCAUACGUUACAGAAUUUGAGCGGAUCUUGCUCCGAAGACGUGGCCCGCUCAACAAUAUACUUCAUUGUCUCCGUGACAACGAGACGACCUUCAUCAACGAAGUGCACUCGCACAAAGAUCUCCUCGAAGUGGUUGGCCGCGAGCGGUUUCCAAAUUUGAACGCAUUGAUGAUUGAGUAUUUGCGGUCUGACAUCCUUGUGAACGACUUCAAACUUCAGUACUAUUUGAUCCACCACACCACAGACGAUCUACAAAGCCUCGACCGUUGGGUGGAGUUGCAGUUGUUCGAUGAAGAUAUAUCCCCAUCUGAAUUCAAGCGCAUGGUGACUCAAGUCAUCCAUAUCUACGAGCUCUCGAACCAUACCUUGCAAUUUCUGGUUAUCAACAAGAUGAUAGGAGGGGUAGAGCCCCCGGUAUUGAAAGCCGGGUUGGUGGGGUUCUGGGAAACGUCCUUGAGUAGUUUAAUGCUACUUACCAGUCCUGUACACCAUUGGGACGAGUUUUAUGCAAAGUUUAUGCGAGGAAACCUUGGCCGCUGCAAAUCCGAUCCAGACUAUUUACUAACCUUUAUGAGUUCGGUAUUGAAUAUGCUAUGGGCCUGGCUGUUGCAAAGCUCCGACAAUUUAUCACCCGUGAUUGCCAGCCAAACGCUCAGAUCAUUCCACAAUCUUACCAUCGACGCUGCAUCUCUGGAUAUUCACUUUCUUGUGCGGUCCUUGAAAUGUCUCCAGUUUGUAAUCGAUAUUGGUCGGGAUAACAAACCCUUUUUGUCCAGUCUCGAUCCUGACGUGGUGGUACUCCCGGCUCCAUUGGUAUACACCUAUCUCCUCUCGCCCCAUCCCUUGGUAGUUUCUGAAAUCUGCAGAUACAUCUCCUUCACCAAGAGCUACAACUUUGAAAACAAGCAAUCAUUCAAACAGCUCCAUAAUUCCUACGUGAUGGAUAUCUGCAACAUGCUCUGGCGUGAUAAGGCCUAUGAGGGUAUCCCAGGCACAUCUAACAAAGGUCUUUUUCUUCCAGAUCGCUUUGCCAGCCAAAUUAGCAAAAUCCCCGAUGAACGCACAAUUGUGUUUAAGCGCAUCGGGAACAUUUUCCAUAACCCGGCCUUUGCGAGUGUCACCGCUGAAAUUAUUCGGGAGAUUGAGGAUGAGAGUGAGACGUGUCAGAUACGGCAUGCCGGCCCCUUGACUCUGGAGAGUGUAUCCGAGCUUCUCAUGCACCCCGUGCCGUGGUUAGACAUCACCUAUGAGGACUUACGGGUAGAGGUAUUGAGAAGAUUGGGAGAUAAGUACGGGAUUGAUGGGGUUCCUGAGUUGCUCUUUACUUCUCUCAAGAGUCUUAUACACAGAAGGUGAAAAAAAAAAUAUGCCGCGAUAAUAGGAAUUUGAGAGUGGAAUAUACACCGAGAAGGAUGCACUUGGUUUUCAACUUCCAGUGGUUCCCUAUCAUACAAUAUAGGUUCCAGAGAUAGUAUUGGUUAUGCAUUGUUGUAUCGGGGAUGUACACAGUUGGGUAGAUAGUCUGUGUCCUUGGAACACCAGCUUGCUGCAUUGAAAUUAUUGUUUCACCACAUAAAGAUAAAUUGUACAUCAGUACACCUAUGAUAUCG